UUUUACGCGUGCAUUAAGGCAUUGAAAGUUCGAAACAAUGGCGAGACGGAGAGACGAAGAAAGUGAAGAGUAUGAAGAGGAAUUGGAGCAGGUGAUGGACGACGAGGGGGAGGUUCAAGGUAGGCAGAGGCUGAAGCGGAGGAGGUCAGUGUUUGCUGACCAUGUUGUGGAUGAGGAGGAGGAUGAUGACGAAGAUUAUGGUGGGAGACGGCAGAAGACUUACCGUCGGGCUGCCCAGUAUUUUGAUAUUGAGGCAGAGGUUGAUAGUGACGAGGAAGAGGAGGAUGAAGAGGAGGGAGAAGACGAUUUCAUAGUUGCUAGUGGCGCUGAUCUACUGGGUGAAGAUGAUGGUGGAAGGAUUCAUCGUCUUCCAUUACUUCCCCAGGAUGAAGAAGAAGAGGAUGUUGAAGCCCUUGAGAGAAGGAUUCAGGCAAAAUAUGCAAGAUCAAGUCAUGCAGAAUAUGAUGAGGAGAUCACUGAAGUAGAGCAGCAGGCCCUAUUGCCUUCAGUAAAGGAUCCUUCCCUUUGGUUGGUGAAAUGUGCGACUGGAUGUGAACGGGAGAUAGCUGCCUGCCUGAUGCAAAAGUGUAUUGACAAAAGAUCUGAAUUGCAAAUAAUAUCAGCUAUUGCUCUUGAUCACCUAAAAAACUAUAUCUAUAUUGAAGCAUACAGGGAAGCCCACGUGAGAGAGGCUUGCAAGGGUCUGUGCAAGAUAUCUGCAAAGGAUAUUAAGCGUGUUGAAAUAACAGAAAUGACUGAUGUUCUUUCAGUUAAAAGUAAAGCAAUUGAUCUGUCUGGAGGUACCUGGGUCAGAAUGAAGAGGGGAACAUACAAGGGUGAUCUAGCUAAAGUAGUUGAUGUCGAUAAUGUGCGGCAGAAAGUCAAAGUGAAAUUAAUCCCAAGGAUUGACUUACAGGCUCUUGCUAAUAAAUUGGAAGGUAAAGAAGUUCCAAAGAAGUCAUUUGUUCCCCCACCUCGUUUUAUGAAUGUUGCUGAAGCUAGGAAUCUUCAUAUUCCUGUAAAGCAUAAGCGUGAUAAAGUGAAUGGUGAUUAUUUUGAGAUUGGUGGGAUGAAGUUUGAAGGCGGUUUCUUGUGCAAAGAAGAAGUGUCCAUGACAUCAAUUAGUACUCAAAAUAUAAUGCCUACUUUUGAUGAAAUUGAAAAUUUUCGAAAGCUUGGAGGCCGUGGAGAUGGUGAUAUAGUUAGUUUGUCAACUUUAUCUGCAAAUAGAAGGAAGGCUUAUUUCAUCAGAGGUGACCCAGUUAUAGUUGUGAAGGGGGAUCUGAAGGAUUUGAAGGGUUGGGUUGAAAAAGUUGAGGAAGAGAUUGUCCACAUUAAACCAGCAAUAACUAAACCAGAAAUGGAGCACCUUCCUAAAACUCUUUCUGUCAAUGAAAAAGAGCUGCGCAAGUAUUUUGAACCUGGAAAACGUGUGAAGGUUGUCUCUGGGACAAAGGAAGGGACAACUGGUAUGGUUGUUAAGGUCGAGCAGAAUUUGCUUAUUAUUUUAUCUGAAACAACGAAGGAGCAUAUCCGUGUCUUGGCUGAUGAUGUUGUGGAUUGCUCUGAAGUAACUGGUGAAACCAAAAUUGAUGAUUCUUACUCAAGAUUUGGCAGUUUCAGAAUUCCACAUAUACCUCCAACACCAAGUAGACUUUCUAAGGGAGAAAAUCCAUAUAAUUCUGGAGUAAGGCACAGACGUGGGAGGGGACAACGUGAUGGUUUAGUUGGUAUGACAGUGAAAAUUCGCCUGGGCCCCUACAAGGGUUGUCGUGGACGUGUUGUAGAUGUCAGAGGCCCAUCAGUUCGGGUUGAGUUGGAGUCCCAAAUGAAUCUUGUUACAGUUGAUCGCCGUGUCAUAAGUGAUAAUGUUGUUUCAACAGCUUACUGUGAUACAUUUCAAUGUGGAAGGGGAGGUGAAACUCCACUACAUCCAUGCAUGACACCUAUGAGAGAUCCUGGAGCCACACCUAUACAUGAUGGCAUGAGAACACCAAUGCGCAACCCGGCAUGGAAUCCUUACCUGCGACUGAGCCCACCUAGCCCUGCCUAAUGAAAUGGAGAUCAAACCAGCAAGGGAAAAUGACAACACCAAGAUGUAGGGUGGCAAUCUUGUAGUCAAGAUUUGGUGUUGUACUGGCAAAUUUACCAUGAUCAGCAUUGCAACAAUUAGAAAUUACACUGUAAAUUUUUGUUUAUGAGAAAUUUUUUGAAGUUAUACCGAUGAAGCUUUAUAUUCUA